AAAUAUUGUUGCGGGUCCCACGCUCAGCUAUAUAACAUAGGAUAUCAAGAAAAGUUUAUUGUCAGUCAUCUGUGCUCCUUCGUAAGAUUCAAUUAUCUUCAUCAUGAAACUCUUGGUAGUACUGUCCGUGGUGGUGGCCCUCGCGGUUGCAGCGCCAUCAGGGGAUCAUGACUAUCUCCUAGCGUAUGACUUCGAUGCUGUCUUCGCCAAUGACGAGAAGAGGAAGGUGGUGAUGGAUUGUUUACUGGACAAAGCACCCUGUGGAGAGUACGAGAAGCUGAAAGAAAGCGUGAUGAAGGUUGCGCAGACCCAAUGUGCUGACUGUACUCCGGAGCAAAAAGCGAAGUAUGAUAGCGUUAUGAAGACAUUCCAUGAUAAAUUCGAACCCGAGUACAAUGAGUUUGUGCACAAAAUGACCACUAAGAAACAGUAAAUGUUUGUACAGAACAGUGUGAUUGUCUGCAUUAGUAAAUAAUCAUUUGAGUAAUGCAAUUAAGUAUAUAUUUUGUGAAAUUAAACUUAUCUAUUUGA